AUGUGCUAUAAAAGCUAAGGCCGAUGUUGCUGGACUCAUUAGUACUGCUGUAUUAAGUACACCGCUGUUUUGUGGUAUUGAGGUUAACCCAAAAGGAAGAUUGCAAUUAAAGGAUGCAGUUGCUGGCGAUAUAUCAGUUACCCUGACGGUUCCGUUUGCACACCCGCAGGCAGGUUGUUCGUUGGAAGUUUUGCUUUAUAUACCACCGAAGACAGAUCAUUGUUCAGUUUCAAAGCUUACUCAAUCAAACAGUGGUCCAAGCACCUGCGGUGCACGCUUUGUGAGUUCAGACGCUGUUGGCUCGUAUAAAAACAUUACAGUUUCAUCAGUAGUAGGAGGGAAAUCGAGCAAGCUUUCAAUGGAUUAUGUCGUAUUUCUUUCUGCACACACUGCAUGCAAUGACAGAAUGAACAAUUACAGACUGCAGCCAGUCAGAGUUGAGAGCAUAGAUGACACAACUCAGCUGAACAAUAAACUCUGUUCCGCUCAUUCUGAUCCGCAUAUCAAAACGUUUGACAGGGACUGGACUUACGACUUGCAUAAACCAGGCUCGUAUCUUCUCUACCGAAAUACUGAGUAUCGGACAGAGGUGCAGAUAAAGCUGGACAAAUGUCCGACGUAUAGUACGUUUGCUUUACACCCAUACUGUAUACAGGCUCUUGUCGCAAGGGCAGGAAGAGAUAUUUUUCUUAUCAAUUAUGGGACACAUCCUGAAGUAAACUUUAAACAAUGUGAUGAUGGUGUACUGCACAGAAAGAUAACAAAGAUUGGAAACAAAGAUUAUAAGAUAAUCCUUCCUACUGGCACAAAAAUAACAGUGAUGCAAAACAGGGGUUCAAAUGGCUGGGAAAAAUUCAUGGAGGUAAACAUAUAUGCCGGUCUUCCAGAUGUCGGCAGAACGGACGGUCUUUGUGGGAAUUGCAAUGGAAACCCAAAAGACGACCCUCAGCAUGAUUCACAACCAAUUUAUGCACAGUUUUUCCACAUUUCGCAAACAGACCUUCAGAAAUAUACAUUAACAAACACCCCGGAAGAUUUGUUCAACACUGCAAAUCACAAUCGAGUGUAUGGAUGGGAUAAUAGGUUUAGAUUUUGCGAGUGCGACAAAAACUCCUGGCGGUUUGCAAUUAUUGGUCAAUUGGAUAAAACGGAAAUCAAAUGCAAGGAGGAAGCAACAACUGUUUGUGAAGAAGAUAGUCUGAAGUCAACAUUUCCUAUAUGCACCUUAGCAAGAAAGAAAAGAUCAGUUGACAGAUAUAGAAGCGCAAAAACACGCCGUGUGUCAAGCACUGUCGAAACGAGAGACCACCAUAUAGUUUUGAGAGAAGCAAACAAGUACAAUGAAUCCACUGCAAGACAAGAAUGUAUCAGAUUGAUGAACACUUCAGUUGUUCAAAUGUGUUCAAACCUGAAAGAUUUCAACAUUUCGUCUUUCAUUAACAGUUGUGUUGCCGACACGUUGAUUACUUCUUCGACGGUAUGGUCCAAGAUUCACUUGGAAGCAAUCAAAGGAACAUGCAUAGAACAUGUGCGUUUCAAUCAGCCAAUACCUCCAGAUGUGCUUGCUAAUGCUACAGCACCUAGUGAUUGGUUUAACGAAACUUUAAAUGAAACAGAAACUCAAAACAGCACCACUUUUGCACCGAUGCUGUCUCCCAAGUCGACUCCAUCUCCGUAUGUUGCUUUGUUUACACCAGAGUUAUUGAAAGAUAUAGAAGACAUUGCUUGUCCCGGUGAUUGUAAUGGUCAUGGAAUAUGCGACAAAGGACAAUGCGUUUGUCAAGAUGGAUACUAUGAUAUCGACUGCGGACAAGAUAUACGGCAACCACCACGUAUUGAAGGAAUACCGGAUUUAGGUGUUUGCGAUUUGAAUAUGAGAGAAUGCGGUGUAACAUCAGUGUUCGGCAGAAAUUUUAUUGAAUCGUCAACUCUUUCAUGCAAGCUGGUGCCUUUCGAAGUACACGCGCUGGAGGUAGUUAUUCGGGAUCCUUUAAUUGUUCCUGGAGAAAUUGAAACCAUUGUUGAGAUAAGUUGUAAUUUACCAAAAGCACGAGAAAGGCGUUCCGUUACGGAAGGGGUCAAUGCGCCGAUCGCUAGAGGAUACAACGUAUCAGUCAGCAACGACGGUAGUGCUUUUAGUGAAGAGGACUUGCUUGUUAUAUAUGACGCUACUUGUGUUAGUUGCACGACUGUUAACGGGGUUGUCAAAUGUUCCAAGGAGAGCGGGUUUUGCAUGGAAAAUGGAAUUUGUUUCAAGCAGGGUCAGUCAACUAACUGUUUAACGUGCACAGUUGAUAACGGAGACUCAUCCUGGUCUCCAAGUACAGAAUGCGCCGACCCAUAUUCGGAGCCAGCCAAGAAACUAUGGAUAAUUGGUGCUGCCGUUGGACCAAUUGUUGGCGCCACUAUUGUGGCACUGGCAAUAUACUGCUACAAUAAAAAAAGAAGCCAGUUCAGACGUAAAAAACUUGGGUCCAUUAAUCCUUUGAAUGACACUGAAGUUGCAUCAGUACAGCAAAGCAAGACAUAGAUCGUGUUUAUCAUUCCACUAAAUGAAUUGAAUCAGAAAGAAAACACUAUAAAAUAUUAGAAAGUUAAAUAUAUAUACAGUGUUAAUGACGAGGAUAAAUGACUGGCAAUUCUGUAACUUUCUCCAAAGUUGUAUAUGCAGUUUAAGUUUUUGAGUCACAACCAAAUGUAUCAUGUACAAAUGAGAUCGUUCACAAAAAGACAAAAAUACUUUAUAUUGUAAAAUGUUUCUAAUACAUUAAAUAAACUUAUGUAUUGUGUUUUUGUUGGAGGUUUUGGUGAAAUCACUUACCAGUUGAUCAUACCAGUAACGUAUGAUUAUGUAAACUAUUUUAUUUCUUAUGUAUCUUCAUUAACAUUUGACUGUAUCACGAUGUAUUAUUAUUUAGUUCGUGAAAAUUAGAAGUAAAGAAACACUAUUUUAUUCAUGGUGUUAAAUCUGACUACGGUUCACAGUAAAACAUGGUUUUCUCGAA